AUGAAUCAUAUCAAGGCGGUUUUCGCGAAGUGUGCGGAGGAGCAGCGGUCCGCACUCAUUGGCCAUGUUACCGCGGGAUAUCCAACCAUGGAGGAGACGGCGGAUGUACUCCUCGCCCUAGAGGCGGGCGGAGUCGACAUUAUCGAACUUGGUGUACCGUUCACAGACCCCAUCGCGGACACGCCGGCCAUCCAAUCCGCGAACAUGAAAGCACUACUGAACGGGGUUAAGAUGAGCACUUGUUUGGAGAUGGCGCGGACGGCCCGAAGCAAAGGGCUGCAUGCUCCGGUGCUCCUGAUGGGCUACUUAAACCCUUUCCUAAGCUACGGUGAGGAGAAGAUGAUCAAAGAUGCCCGCGCGGCGGGCAUUGACGGCCUCGUCAUCCUCGACGCCCCGCCCGAGGAGGCCGUCCGUCUGAGGAACUACUGCACAAAAUAUGGCAUCUCGUACGUACCGCUGGUCGCUCCGACGACCGACGAGGCCCGGCUCGGUGUGCUGGGCAAGAUCGCAGACUCGUUCAUCUACGUCGUGCCCGGUGGCACCCCCAAGGCGGAGCUGCCCAAGCUGCUGGCCAAGGUGCAUCAGUUCGCGGGCAAGAUGCCAGUGGCCGUCAGGUCGGAGCCUCAAACGCACGAGGAGUUCUUGGAGGUGGGAGCUGUGGCUGAGGCCAUCGCCACAGCCGACCCGUUGGCAUGUGUGCUCGGAGAGGCGCGGGCAGGGCAGGCGGCGGCGGACGUCAAAGAGCACGCGGCGUCUGUCAGCGGACGCCCGGCGGCCGGCGGCACGGCCGGGUACAAGCGGACGGACAGCGGCACGGCACUCGUCGAUCACCUGGAAGCGCUCGCGGUCGACAGGGAGGCCACGAUCGACAGCGGCACGCACAUUGAGGGGUUCGGCGGGCAGUACGUUCCCGAGGCCCUGAUGGGGUGUCUGGCGGAGCUGGAGGCGGGGUUCAAGGCCUGCGUCGACGAUCCUGCCUUCUGGGAGGAGUUCCGCUCUCACUACUCGUUCCUGGGCCGGCCGGGCCAGUUGCACAAGGCGGAGCGGCUGACGGAGCACAUUGGUGGAGCUAACAUUUGGCUGAAGCGGGAAGAUCUGAACCACACGGGCAGUCACAAGAUCAACAACGCCCUGGGACAGAUCCUUCUGGCCCGCCGCCUGGGCAAGAAGGAAAUCAUUGCGGAAACGGGAGCUGGUCAGCACGGUGUGGCAACAGCGACGGUGUGCGCCAAGUUUGGCAUGAAGUGCACCAUCUACAUGGGAGCAGAAGAUGCACGGCGCCAAGCGUUGAACGUUUUCCGUAUCAGAUUAUUGGGCGCUGAGGUAGUGCCUGUUGAGGCUGGGUCCAAGACGCUGCGCAACGCCGUCAAUGAGGCAUUGCAAGCUUGGGUCGCCAACCUGUCGACGACCCACUACCUGAUUGGCUCCGCCAUCGGGCCCCACCCGUUCCCACAGAUCGUGCGCACGUUCCAGAGCAUCAUCGGCCAGGAAGCGCGGGCGGCGAUGCUGGAGCAGGCAGGCAAGCUGCCCGACGCCGUCGUGGCCUGCGUGGGCGGCGGCAGCAACGCCGUGGGGCUCUUCCACCCGUUCGCGGGCGACGCGAGCGUCAAGCUGCUGGGCGUCGAGGCGGCGGGCGACGGCACCGACACGACUCGACACAGCGCGACGCUGACCAACGGCACCGUGGGCGUGCUGCACGGCGUGCGCACUUAUUUGUUGCAGGACGCCGACGGCCAGAUCCUCGACACGCACUCCAUCUCGGCCGGCCUCGACUACCCGGGCGUCGGCCCCCAGAUGGCCGCCUGGAAGGCCUCCGGCCGCGCCCGCUUCGUCGCCGCCACAGACGCCCAGGCCCUGAAGGGCUUCCGCCUGCUGUCCCAGCUCGAGGGCAUCAUUCCUGCCCUCGAGACGUCGCACGCCGUCUACGGCGGCAUGGAGCUCGCUCGCGAGCUUGGUAAGGGGAAGGAUGUCGUUAUCAACAUUAGCGGUCGUGGCGACAAGGACGUCCAGACCGUAGCGGAGGAGCUGCCGAAACUCGGCCCGCAGAUUGGCUGGGACUUGCGCUUCUGA